AUGCAGGAAACGAUCCGCCGUCUGCACGAAUACUGGGCCGCGCGCGGUUGCCAGAUCUGGCAGCCCCACAGCGAAAAACUGGGCGCCGGCACCAUGAACCCUGCUACAGUGCUGCGCGUGCUCGGGCCCGAGCCGUGGAACGUCGCCUACGUCGAGCCUUCCUUUCGCGCCGAUGACGGCCGUUACGCCGAAAAUCCCAACCGCAUGCAAAUGCACACCCAAUAUCAGGUGCUGCUCAAACCGGACCCGGGAAACCCUCAGGAACUCUAUCUGAGCAGCCUCGAGGCCAUUGGCCUCGAACGCGACCGGCAUGACAUCCGCUUUGUCGAGGACAACUGGGAAUCGCCCGCUCUGGGAGCGUGGGGUCUCGGCUGGGAAGUCUGGCUCGACGGCCAGGAGAUCACACAGUUCACCUAUUUCCAACAGGGCCGGAGGCGUUAG